CUCACCAAGAAGGCAACAACCACAAGAAGUCAACAACCUCCGUCGCCACCAACCCAAAAUAAACGUCAAGAAUUCAACAAGAAACUCAACCUCCUUGCGAUGGCCAGUCUUUCCUCCUCUCCCUCUCCUUCUCCUUCUGCCAUCACCGGGAAGAAGCCUCAACCAAUUCCCUGGACUCAUCAGGAGACUGUUCACCUCAUACAGGCUUACCAGGAUAAAUGGUACUCCCUCAAGCGAGGGCCGCUCAAGUCCGGUCAAUGGGAGGAAGUCGCCGUCACCAUCGCCGCCCGAUGUGGCUACGACUACUCUUACCCUGCCAAGUCUGCCAUUCAAUGCCGGCACAAGAUGGAGAAGCUCAGAAAGCGUUAUCGCGCCGAGAGACAACGCGUCUCCCUCGGAACUACCUCCUCCUGGCAGUACUUCUACCUAAUGGAGUCUCUCGAAAGUGGUCCCCUCCCAAUCUCUGCGCGCCCUCCCGCUCUCGUACCAAGUUUUGUAAAGCAAGAAGUUGAAGAAGAUGAAUUAGAAGACGAAGAAGAUGAAGAUGAUUUCACUCGUACCAAAUCUGGGAGCAUCAAUUACAUAUCGCGGAGGCAUACGGUGCCAAUGAAGAGGAGAAGGGAGGAGGAAGUGGAGGAGGAGGAUGAGGAGGAGGUACGGGAUGUGGAUUUCGGAUUGGCGACGGAGAUAAGACGGCUUUCGAAGAGGUUAAUUGGGGUGGAGAAGAGGAAGAUGGAGAUGAUGAGGGAGACAGAGAGGUGUAGGAUGGCGAUGGAGAAUAGGCGGAUCAAGAUGAUUUUGAACUCGAACCGAAAGAUUGUGGACGCCAUUGCUAGGGCUUUUGCGACAGAGGAGGAGGAGAUAAAGAUGAGAUCACAAUUUUGACAGUGCUUAGCAAAUAUGGAACAUCACAACCUGCUUGGCGAUGACCAAGCUGGUUCUUUCUCUGGGUUUGUCUGAGCUACCACUGGAGUGGCAUUCCAAGAACUAUAUAAGCACAAAGCAAAUAGCCUACUAAAAUAUAUAGAGACCCUUGACGGAGAAUAACCUAGAUGCCAUCAAUAAGAAUGAAUGGGAGCUUGGCUAAUUUUCUUUCUUUCCAAGAAUUUCAUAAUAGCCUCGCAAUUCUUACUUAUCUAUGGUCUCUGUUAGAAGGGCUUCCCCUUGGGCAGAGCUGCUUGUGUUGAAUACCCUUUUCCUUUUUCACAUUGUUGCUUCAAGUGUUUUUUCUUUGCAUGUUUUGUAAGUUGAGUUACUGCCUGAAUUUGUAGUGCUAUCCUUGUUUAUUGGUUGAACUUAGUUUUGCAUUAA